ACGACCAAUUAGAAGACAAAUGGGCGUGUUCGGGCGGACUCAAUAUACAGAGCGGUAGGGAUUUAGUCUCCACUCUUCCUUCCUGUCGCUUCUCUUUUGUUUCAGCAGUUGUCGAGUUAACACCGGGGGAGAGUCACGAUGCACAAGUCCGAGGCACCCAAGGAGCCAGAGCAACUCCGCAAGCUGUUCAUUGGAGGCCUGAGUUUUGAAACAACUGACGAAAGUCUUCGUGAGCACUUUGAGCAAUGGGGCGCCCUAACAGACUGUGUGGUUAUGAGAGAUCCAAACUCAAAACGUUCCCGUGGCUUUGGAUUUGUAACAUACUCCUCAACAGACGAAGUAGAUGCUGCCAUGACUGCUCGGCCGCAUAAGGUGGAUGGACGAGUGGUUGAACCUAAAAGGGCUGUCUCUAGAGAAGAUUCUUCUAGGCCUGGUGCACACCUCACCGUUAAGAAGAUCUUUGUAGGUGGUAUAAAGGAGGACACAGAAGAACACCAUUUACGAGAAUAUUUUGAGCAAUAUGGCAAAAUUGAAGUCAUAGAGAUAAUGACCGACCGAGGCAGUGGCAAGAAAAGGGGCUUUGCAUUUGUCACAUUUGAAGACCAUGAUUCAGUUGACAAGAUUGUCAUCCAGAAAUAUCACACUGUCAACAACCACAACUGUGAAGUGCGUAAGGCACUCUCCAAACAGGAAAUGUCAAGUGUUUCUGGCAGUCAAAGAGGACGUGGUGGCUCUGGAAACUAUGGUGGCCGUGGAGGGUUUGGUAAUGACAACUUUGGAGGUCGUGGUGGAAACUUUGGUGGCAACAGAGGGGGUGGAUUUGGUAACCGAAGUUAUGGUGGAGAUGGCUUUGGCAAUGAUGGUGGUUUUGGUGGCAGUCCUCCUUACUCUGGUGGUAACAGAGGAUAUGGUGGCAGCCAAGGCGGUGGAUAUGGUGGCAGCCAAGGCGGUGGAUAUGGUGGUGGCGGCCAAGGCGGUGGAUAUGGUGGUGGCGGCCAAGGCGGUGGAUAUGGUGGCGGCCAAACUGGUGGUUAUGGUGGCGGCCAAGGCGGUGGAUAUGGUGGCGGCCAAGGCGGAGGAUAUGGUGGUGGCCAAGGAGGUGGGAAUGGAGGAUACGAUGGCUAUAAUGGAGGAGGCAGUGGUUCUGGGGGUAACUUUGGUGGGAGCGGGGGAUAUAAUGACUUCGGCAACUACAACAAUCAGUCCUCGUCCAGCUUUGGCCCAAUGAAAGGUGGAAAUUAUGGUGGUGGCAGGAAUUCUGCACCGUAUGCAGGAAGCAAUGCUUAGCAGCAGAGGACAGCCAGGCAAGCGACAGGUUACUACAAAAGUUGAAGUCAGCCAAGCACAGGUGUGGCAGGCAUAGCUGCUACAUGAAGAAAUGUUAGCGAAUCAGUAACCAAUGAGGAAAAACGCAGGACUAUUUGUGACACAUUAACUUUAUGAAGAAAUAAGUUUGUUUUGUGAGCAUGUAAAACAUAAGUUUGAAUUUUUUUUUUUUAUGUAUAGGUUCCUUUUAUAAAAUUCGCUUUUUAUUUUUCCACAUUGUGGUCAUGCUGUUAAACUGUACAAAUCUUUAUCAUGACUAAAUAAAUGUCCCCCUUUUUUAAAAACAAAA